CAGCAACUCUGUUUUGAGUGUUUCUUUUCUCUAGAAGAUUUUCUGUGAGUUGCACGCGAAUAAAUUUUGCUGAACUCUACGAUUUUCUUUUUACACCUUUAAUUUUAAAUAUAAUCUGUGGAAGAAUAGCGCUAGUUGCAGUACAGAAACGCAUCCCAGCAAUAGAAUAACAAAAAUAUUAUCAAAGUAAGUGCAUUUGCUAAAUUCGAAUUGACAUUGUGCGCUGCCACACACGGGCUCAUAACCCACCUGCUCAGUAGUAAUUUCUAAAAAAUUUCUUUGUUAUAUAUUUGAUUUAAUUUUGCCAAUCCGUGCGGAGUAGUAUCGUUAAAUAUAAAUUUGUGUAAAAAAUGAGAACUUCAAGUGUGGUACAAUAUGCGCUUCGUAUGAGUUUUGGACAGGUUGUAUAAACAAUUCAAACGUCGAGAAUCAUCCGGAACACUACUUUCAUAUACUUACUCAUGGAACAGAGCACAUUUCAACCUGGUGAUAUCUGCCUGGAAUGUCAGCAGAAUGGCCAAAGCCAUAGAUUGCGAACAUUUUAUAUUGACAUAGAUGAACAAAUAGUUAAAUGUGAAAGUUCAUCUUGCCUAUAUCCUUAUGUGAAUGACUUUUCUGAUUCAGAAGAUGCAAAUUAUGCCGAAGAAAAGCAAAAUUGCUCCCCCAAACCAAGUUCUCUACCCGAUAUUGAUGUAAUUUCUUUUGUUAAUAAUGAAUGCGACGAUGCAGACAGUGUACGUUUUGUGGAAGCGCUGCUUAGCACUAGCGACAAUAACGAUGUUGCGAAAACGACUAUGGUAAUGAACAUAAAACAGGAGGUAUGUCAAUCUGAAUUUUUGGAGCAGACUAACGCAUUAGCGAACCAUGCAGAAAGUACUACAACAUCUGCCACAUUGGAUACUUCUUUGCAAACAGAAGGUGUUGGUUUUAUUAACGCUUUAUUUAGCAAUUGUGAUUCUGAACCAGCGCAAAGGUGUGAAUCAAAAUCGUUAGAAGUUGAAUCAACUCUGCUUGCACCGAUUACACAGUUUGAUAUGCCUGUAAUAAGUUUUGACUUCAGCAAUAAUUUUUCUGUUACAACAGAACAAGAACGCCUACCUGAAGUUAAAAUAGAUAAUAAACCCCAAAUCGAAAUACAAAGCAUACAGACAGUUAAAGCUGGACUUGCAAGUAGUAGGAUUGAAGAUAAUGCGACGAAUAUGCCAAAAGCUUCAAUAAAAUCUCUUGAACUAAUUAAAACCGAAUAUAUUGAAGAACAACCGGUUGUGCAGGCGCCAUCUAUGCAAACAGACACAGCUAGCACAAAUAAGGAUACCAAAAUGCGCAUUUCUCGUUACUUUGAUACUUUGCGCGUGAAACAGGAAAUGUUUCCAAAGGCAUUUACAAAACGUAAAAAACGCACCAAUAAAAACCAACAGCAAUCGUCAAAGUCAGAGAACGCAGCUGGGAGCAGUUUGGUAAAUGUGCUAGCAGUGCUGAGGAAUAAAACACCGAAAUGAGCAGGCGACAAUUUGGUUAUAACAACAAUAACUAGUUUUGUGUCGUUUUAAUGGCAAAACAAAUUUUUAGAUUGUCAUAGUCUUCAGCACAGUCGUCAAGUAGUGUCUUCACCACAGCGACUCCUGAACGCGUAGUGCCACGUUCCGCUACCAUGAUGGCCGUCUUUGGAAUUGCAAUCUCCUCAUUCAGCUUGAAACAGAUGUUGGCCAGCAGCGGAGCUAACAAAUCCACAGAUGCAGCACUAACAUUGCGCAAACUUUAAAUAAAAAUACGCAUAAAAUGGCAAUUCGUUUAAAAAUCAUUAUCAAUUUGAAGCAGAAGCAGAGGCGGAGCAAACGGGAGCAGAGGAAGAAAUUAUGUACACAAUUGACUGAAAUAGGAAAGUUAGCCGAAACAAAGCAGAAUAAAAUGAACAGGAAUAGAAAAUCGAAAAAUGUUAUAAGCAAUGCUAACCACAUGUAGAUGUAUGUGAAUGAAAAUAGACAACUUUCAGCUAAUACAUAGAAAUUGGAUUGUAUGAAGCACAAAACUGAUGACAGAAAAUAUGUGGAGUAAGGAAUACGCAGGGAAAUCAAUUCAAGGCCAGCCUGCAAUGCAAUGAUAAACGAAAUGAAAAUGUAAAAUCCAGCAAAAAAAAAACAAAAAACAAAGCGUUUUGUGUUGUGUUGUAAGUAUAAAUUUUAGCGUGCAAGCGUUUAAAGUGUUGCUACACAGUGCAUAAAAUCAAAAGCGAAAUUGUUGGUUGAACAAAUUUAACACUUGUGGCCGUAGCAGUAAGAUUGUAUGGGAGCGCUGUUUAACAAGCCUUAGAUAACGUUUAUAUACACAGCUAACGUUAGACUUAUUUCCAACUUUUCUACUAUGCAACUAUGAUUGAUUUUCGAAUUAUAGUCGCUUAGAAUUCAUCGUUAUCAUCUAUAUAAACAACGCCUAUUCUUUUAGUCUUUAAUUCAUUUAGUUUAUAGUUGUAUAUAAUUUAUAAAUAGUAUUUUUUUGUUAACAUACUAUUCAUACAUAUAAUUUUAUAUAUUUAGCUCUAAGUGACAUCUUUGACUUGAUUGGCAAACACAAUCUAAACUUAAACAAAUUGCUUAAAUGCAUUAUAUGGCAUAUAUUUAGAUACAUACAUCUAUAGCGCUCUCCAUGAAUAUUUAUUGCUAACCACUAUUAUAUUAAAAACCAACUACUAUUUUGCUUGAUUUAAAUGUCAUCGAUUGCUUCGAAACAAAAACUUGUUGCUUGCAUUCUAAAAUUUAUAAUUUAACACAACAAAAUAUGCUUAAUAAAAGAAUACGAAGAACGAAAAAGUAACUUGCAAGUGAUCUUUUAAAAAUUAGUGGAAUUAACUGAAUAGUUAUUUGUGUCAACAACUAAUCUAUACAUAUUUGGAAAUAUUUGUUAAAAUUAAAUUGUGUCUGAAAUCACAAACUGAAUUUACUUGAUGCCGAAUAUGUAUGCUGUUGGACACACUUUAAAAUUUUGUGAUACUAAUGCAAUCGUCUUGCGUCACGCUUAGCAAAAAAAUAAUAAUAAUAAUACGGAAUAAAAAAUCUAACAUGUGUACAUUUAAUAUGUAUGUGUAACAUCUAUAUUUUGUAAAUUUAUUUAUAUUGUUUCGUUAGAGUGGCACACCAACACAUACGUACAAACGUAGAUAUACACGUUUUUAUUUUAUUACUUUUAGUUUGCACUUAUACAAGUGUAUGCAAUGCUAAUAAUUGUCUAUAAUAAAUAUUUUUGAAAAAGAAAAUAUAGCAAAAGUUGCAUAUAUACAGAAUUUUUUAAAUUUAGGCGACGUAGGGCGGGCAUAUUAUAAUUAACACUUGCAAUUAAGCUGUAGUGAAAUUGAUGAUCAUACUUAAACGAAAUACAUAAUAUACAUAUUUUUGUUUACAAAUAUAAAAGUAAA